CGCGCUACGUGUCCCGCAGCCCUUAUAGCCCCGGCCCGCCGGGCCCGCCGCCGCAGCACCAUGUCGAACGGCGAGCACACGGGAUCCACCAACGUGGUUUACCAAGCCCAUCAUGUCAGCAGGAGUAAGAGAGGACAAGUUGUCGGCACCAGGGGAGGAUUCCGAGGCUGCACGGUUUGGCUCACAGGCCUUUCUGGAGCUGGCAAGACAACCAUUGGCUUUGCUCUGGAAGAGUACCUGGUGGCUCAUGGCAUCCCGUGCUACUCCCUGGAUGGCGACAACGUCCGGCACGGCCUGAACAAGAACCUGGGCUUCUCGGCCCAGGACCGCGAGGAGAACAUCCGGCGCAUCGCCGAGGUGGCACGGCUCUUCGCCGACGCGGGGCUCAUCUGCAUCACCAGCUUCAUCUCCCCCUUCACAAAGGAUCGUCAAAACGCACGGAAAAUUCAUGAGGCAGCUGGACUUCCUUUCUUCGAAAUCUUUGUAGAUGCUCCUCUAAAUAUUUGUGAAAGCAGAGAUGUGAAGGGCCUGUACAAAAAGGCAAGAGCUGGAGAGAUCAAAGGAUUCACGGGGAUUGACUCAGAGUAUGAGAAACCCGAAGCUCCAGAGCUGGUGGUGAAAACAAACGUUGCAUCGGUGUCUGAGUGCAUCCAGCAGGUCGUGGAGCUCCUCCAAGCACAGAACAUCGUGCCCCAAGGCUCAGUCAAGGAUGUUCUGGAGCUGUUUGUGCCCGAGGAUAAACUCAGCAGUGUCCGGGCUGAGGCAGAGAAGCUGCCAGCGGUGGAGAUCACCAAGCUGGAUCUGCAGUGGGUGCAGGUGCUGAGCGAAGGCUGGGCCACUCCUCUGACAGGAUUCAUGCGGGAGGCAGAGUACCUGCAAGUGCUGCACUUUGGCACCCUGCUCAACGGAAAGAGGCGCACGGUAGCUGACGGCGUGGUGAACCUGAGCAUCCCCAUCGUGCUGCCGGUGUCCGCGGAGGACAAGCAGCGGCUGGAGGGCAGCGCGGCGCUGGCGCUCAGCUUCCAGGGCCGCCGGGUCGCGGUGCUGCGCGGCCCCGAGUUCUUCGCGCACAGGAAGGAGGAGCGCUGCGCCCGCGUCUGGGGCACCACCUGCCCCCGCCACCCGCACAUCCAGAUGGUGAUGGAGAGUGGAGACUGGCUGGUUGGUGGAGACCUGCAGGUCCUGGAGAAGAUCAAAUGGAAUGAUGGGCUCGACCAGUACCGCCUGACCCCGCUGGCUCUCAAGCAGAAGUUCAGGGAAAUGAAUGCUGAUGCUGUCUUCGCGUUCCAGCUGCGCAACCCCGUGCACAACGGGCACGCCCUGCUCAUGCAGGACACGCGGCGCCAGCUCCUGGAGAGGGGCUACAAGAACCCUGUGCUCCUGCUGCACCCCCUGGGGGGGUGGACCAAGGACGACGAUGUCCCUCUGGAGUGGCGCAUGAAGCAGCAUGCAGCCGUGCUGGAGGAGCAAGUCCUGGACCCCAAGUCCACCAUUGUGGCCAUCUUCCCCUCUCCCAUGCUCUACGCCGGCCCCACGGAGGUGCAGUGGCACUGCCGAGCCCGGAUGGUUGCGGGGGCCAACUUCUACAUCGUGGGGCGCGACCCGGCGGGAAUGCCGCACCCCGACACCAAGCAGGACCUGUACGAGGCCACGCACGGCGGGAAGGUGCUGAGCAUGGCCCCCGGCCUCACCUCGGUGGAGAUCAUCCCCUUCCGGGUGGCUGCCUACAACAAGCUCAAAAGAGCCAUGGAUUUCUACGACUCCAAAAGGCACGACGAUUUUGACUUCAUCUCAGGAACACGCAUGAGGAAGCUUGCUCGGGAAGGGGGAAACCCCCCGGACGGCUUCAUGGCCCCCAAAGCCUGGAAAGUCCUCACCACGUACUACCAGUCACUGGAAAAGAAGAAUUAACUCCUCCUCCUCCUCCUCCCCCUCCCUGGAAAUGCCUGUAUUAAGAGUGAGCAAUGAUCGAUUGAUUCCCUGUGACGCAGAUCACUUGGCGUGACCCUGGGAUUUUCCUACCUGGGUCAGGGUGUUUUUUACCAAUCAGAAAUACUUGGAGCCUGGUCCUUCUCCCCCUAAAGCUGCUGGGAGCGUUCCCACAGAGCUGGAAGGGAUGGGGAGCGGGCCCGUGCCACCGGGAUCGUUGCGGUGCUGCCAGGACCACACAGCAGCUCCCAGUGCAAAGGGGGGGCCUCGGACCAGGGUAAAUCCUGCCUGUGCCCUGCCUGGAGCAGAAAUGAAGAAGUGCCUUUCCACACUGUGCCUUAGACAGUUUUUGCUAAUUAACAGCACAAUCUUUUUAAUGCCCUUUUUUACAAAGGACUUUUUAAGAUCAGCUGUGACCACCGCCAGUUCCUUGUGGCUGAGCCAAUUCCUCGCUGCUUCUUUCCUCCUCUUCGACCUCUUUGGUCAAACAAAUCCCAGGCUGCGCAUUCCUGUUGCUCCGAGUUCAGCUGUCUCUGAGACUGUGCCAUGCUGAUCCCUGCACCCACAGCUCAGCAGGGUGAACUGUCCUGGGGAGCACCAUAAAGCCCUGAGAUCCCUGAGAAAGCUCUGGACAGCAAGGAAAAGUCAGGGAUGCUGUCACUGUGCUUUCAGGUGUCCUCCCACAUGGCAGGAUGGGAUCCCCCUUCCCUCUGCCCACACUCCUCCCAUCCCAAAGGCAAAUCCAAGACAAAGCAGCAAAGACACGGCGCGAGGUGGAUCUGGAGAACCAGCUGAGAGGAGGCUGAAGCUCCUGCCCUCAUCCACACCUGUGUGGGUACAGGUGACCCCAUUCAUUCCGUGUCUGUGGGAUGGGGCCGCUGGGGACAGCCAGAGGAUGGCAGGAAAGCCCUCGGGCCCCUCAGCCCGUUGAGAACCGGCACCCAGGGCUGCUCCCAGCUCUGCCUGUGGAAAGUUACCCCGGACUUUAUCUCCUUCCCCACCCUCAUCCUGACAUGGACUUUGCCUAUUCUGUGCCCGGGGCUUUUCCGCUGACUCCAGCUCCUGGCUGGCCAGCGGGGGCUUCCUGGGACAGGGCUGCUCCUGCCUUGCCUCCCCAGCUGUGAGGUGGCAGCAGAGGAAAACAACCAAGCACUUGGUAAAGUGACAGCAAUGGUCUCACUCGGUGAUUUUUGCAGCUGGCCUGCUUUAGCAGCUGCCCCAGGACCCGUCAGGAUGCGUUCCCAAUGAGCAGGGACCAGCGUUCCUCUCCUCUCAUGCUCCGCUUUUAAUUCCGGAUGGAUCCACGCUCAGCAAAACCAACCCACUCCCACUCGUGCCACAGGAACCUGCUCUGCUGAGGCCACGGUGCCCAAGCCUUUGUCUGUGACUGGAAACUAUCCUUGCAAAAGGGCUUUUAAGUAUUUUUGGGGUUUUUUUUAAGUACUUGGAGCAAAGCUGUGUUUUACCCCAGGGCAGAUGCUGCAGGCUCCGUGGGAGCUGACAGUGCUCCAGCCUCAUCCAGCCAGCCCCUCUGGCAGGAAGCCAAAAGCAAUAUUCCCAUUUAGGAUGUUUAAGGAGUGAAACAGCACUGUUGCUGCUCAUCAUAAAAUAAUCCAGUGUUGAAAGCUGCCCCCCCAGUAAAUCACAGCAAAAUACAGAUUUUGUAUUAUCAUUUUAAACCAGCGUAGUGUCCUGAUUACCUCUGAUUAAAACACGUGGACUGGAGGGUUUAUAGUCUAUUUAUUAAAGACAUGAGACUGGAAUUUGUACCUCAACUGAUGCAUCUCAUGAUUUAAUAUAUUCUGAACUUGAUACUCUAUGAAACACUCACUUUUAGUACAAAUAAAUAUUUAUAUGUGUGAAA